ACGGAUUAAGCGCUCGUGGGACCGAGUGAAGUUUGCAAUCAAUGCUGAAUGUGUAAACAUAGCGAUCGACGCACUUUGAACUUCAACUUUGACAAGGAUUGAUAAAAGGUCUUGUACAUAUGACCGACGUAUUCAGCAUCGCUCGGAUACUACGGGCUAUCAUUGAUGUAGUUUGCAACAUGGUUGUGUUGAAGUUGGUGUCUUACUUGUUCCUCGGCGUUUUCCUAAGUUACGGACUAGGGUGGCCAUGCACACUUACAACAGUCGCAGUUUUCCUUGUGUACGCUGCCACUGGUGGCUGGAGGUUUAUUAGGGUCGUCAUCAAAACUGCUCCGAGGGAUCUACGAGCACUGCGAGUACUGCUGACCCUGAAAUGGAGUGUGAAGAAAUACAACCGCAUUGGACACAGUAUCCCCAAACUCUUCCAAGAAACGGUGAAGAAAUACCCCAAAAAGAUCUGUUUCAUUUUUGAGGACAAGAAAUGGACUUUUCAGGAAGUCGAUCUUCUUACCAAUGCAAUUGCCAACUUCUUUAACGAGUCUGGCAUACGGCAAGGUCAUGUGGUCGCCCUGGUGAUGGAGAACCGCCCUGACCUGGUGUUCUACUGGAUGGGGCUGGCAAAGAUAGGGGCCAUAGGGGCCCUGAUCAACUUCAACCUGAGGGAGAAGUCCCUGCUGCACUGUGUACAGGCUGCUCAGGCGCAAUGUGUGGUCUUCUCUGAGGAGAUGGCGUCAGCCGUUGCUGACAUAUCCAGGGAUCUUCCCAAGUCCUGCAACCUGUUUUUCAUGGGGAGUGGGCAGUGCCCAGUGGUCGGUGCAGUCAGUCUAGAUCCCCUGCUGGAAAAGAGUCCAACCUACACCCCACCUGCACCUAUAACCAAGUUUACAGACCGCGUGUUUUAUGUGUACACAUCUGGAACAACAGGACUACCUAAGGCUGCCAUCAUUUCUCACUCCAGGUUCUACUACAUGGCCAGUGCUGUGCACAUGAUGCUGGGACUAACUGAUCAAGACAUACUAUACGACCCUCUACCCCUGUAUCACACAGCAGGGGGCAUUAUUGGUAUGGGACAGGCAUUUCUAUGGGGGACCACUGUGGUCAUCAAGAAGAAAUUCUCAGCCAGUGGAUUCUGGGAUGACUGUUUGAAAUAUAACUGUACAGCAGCACAAUACAUUGGUGAGAUAUGUCGUUACUUGAUGGCUCAGCCGUUCCGAACAACCGAGAAUCAGCAUCGCGUUCGAGUCAUGUUUGGAAAUGGGCUUCAGCCAGGAUUGUGGCAUGAUUUCCAGACGAGAUUUGGCGUGAAUAAGAUUGGCGAGUUUUAUGGUGCCACUGAAGGAAAUUGUAAUAUCAUCAAUAUUGACAACACCAUUGGGGCCUGUGGUUUCACCUCCAUGAUUGCUCCGUUCAUGUACCCAGUGACCUUGAUAAAAGUCGACGAGGACAAUAACAUCAUGAGGGACAGAAAUGGAGUCUGUGUGCGGGCAAAACCAGGUGAACCCGGAGAGUUGGUGGGAAAGAUAGUUGCAGGUGAUCCCCUGAGACAGUUUGAUGGCUAUGUGAGCAAGGAAGCCACUGAUAAAAAGGUGGCCAUGAAUGUGUUUAAGAAGGGAGACAUGGCCUUCCUUACUGGUGAUGUUUUGAUCAUGGAUGAGUAUGGUUACAUGACAUUCAGAGACCGCACAGGAGACACGUUCCGGUGGCGCGGUGAGAACGUCUCUACGUUUGAGGUGGAGACCACCAUCAGCAAGAUCAUCGGGCUGAGUGAUGCUGUCGUCUACGGAGUGGAAGUGACAGGUGCUGAAGGUCGUGCAGGUAUGGCGGCCAUAGUAGAUCCAGAACACAAAAUCAAUCUCGUACAACUGUGCAAAGCCUUACAGGAAAAACUACCCCCGUACUCAAGACCCUUGUUUAUUCGUCUUAUGGAAAAGGCUGCAGACACAACAGGUACACACAAGCUUAAGAAGACAACCCUUCAAACAGAAGGCUUUAACCCACACAAAACUGAAGAUCGACUGUUUUACAUGAAUAACAAAACAGGCACAUACGAACCUUUAACUCGAGAUAUUUACAGUGAUAUAUGUAAGCAGAAGAUCAGGUUUUGAAAAAUUAAGUUGUGAGCUUUUAACAGGGAUUUUGCGGACACAUAGGUAAAUCACGAUAUAACAUGAAACAAAUUUAAACUUUUGCAUGAGUCAUCACCUUUAUUAUUUUAUUUUAUGUUUGCCAUAGAGGCGGCUUCAUGAUUGAGCUCUUUAUGUGUGAGGUCAAAUAAAAUUGUUUGUAUUUUUGCUUAAAUGUUUAAAAUAUUUUUGUAAAAUUACAGUUACCGUAAUCAUGUCAUGCAUUGUACUUAAUAAUCAAAGCAAACAUUAAAGUCAUCGCUCUGUUAACUAAUUAUCUUCAUUAAAUGGAACAGUGUUUUAUCAUGUUAAACAUGCCGUACAAGCUCAUGGUUUAAAUACGUAUGUUUUAUGGGCAGUUUCUGCCUGCACAACACUUUUUCACUUUUAAAUUGUUAUUUUGAGGUUUUUACAAUCGUAUACAUAUACUUUAUGCUGGUUUAAUCAAGUUAGUUAUAAUCGGUUUUUCAUUGUACGUGUAAGAAGCACACACGUUCUUUCAUGAUUACAUUUGUUUUGUUUGAUUAAUUCUAUAGGGUACUUUUUAGGCAUUUAUUAAUUUGUUAAUUGAGUUUGUUUAUUUAUUUAUGCAACCGAAACGCAAACCGUUAUAUUACUAUAUUUGUAUUAUCGUAAUGUUACUGAGUUUUGUUUGAAAUUAGGUGAGUCACAUUAAAUAUUUAUAAUGAACAGUUAAUCGAUGUUUGGAUACAUGUAUGGGUGCAACACUGUUCCAAUGUAUUGCAUUGUUUUGUCAUGUGAGCUUUCCAUUGAAUAUUGCAACAUGUUAAAACAUAUUUUGCAUGAUAAUUAUCCGUUUAAAAACAUCAACUUUUGCAUUUAGUCAUUCAUUGACUGUUGCUUAAGACUAGCGUUAACCUGCAGCAUUUACAAAAGUAAAUUUUAUUUACAAAUACCUGGAACUAGCUUAAAUAUAAGUUUAUGGUUUUCUUACUUUUGGGAAACAAUACAUCAUUUUUGUUGAAAAUUGAUAUUUGAAUAAGUCGUGGUAUGAUUAGUUUUCCCUAUUGCGAUGAUAAAAUAAUUGUGAUAUGUAUUUUGUUAAAUAAUACUUGUCCAAUGAAAUUGAUUACCUGACAUGAUAUAUCGUAGCUGAUUUUAAUUUCCAAAUUAUUGCAUAUAUAUUUACUAAAUAUGUUUGAACUAAAAAUGGUAUCGUAUUUGUUAGGAAUCAAAGAAUAAAUUUUAAACUUAUUAGAUUGUCUUUACAUUUUCUUUAUUGUAAAUAUCUAAAUACUUUUCAAUAUUCUAACAUAUUAAUAGCGUUAGUAAAUUUACUCGAUAGAAAAACAAUUGCAUCCAUGCAUACAAAGAUGUGAUAUGAAAUGCAUUGACGGUUGAUAUCCUAGGUACGUUGUCAAUAAAAACUGGUAGAACCAGAUGCACUAUGCGACGAAAUAUGCGUUGAAAAGUGUCUCAAAAAUACAAUAAAUAAAAAGAUUCACUAAUCCCUACAACAAGUAACAAGUUGCCUAGAAAAAGCAUCGACAAGAAUAGUAUAGCCGGUAACAAAGAUAGUUGGCAUUAUUCAAAACUCUGUAACCGCAACUAAAGUCACAUGAUGCCACUGUGCACAAUUCACAUCCGAGUGAAGCUCUCACGUUCACUUUACCGUGUUAGAGACAACAGUCCAUUUUUAAUUGGUAUGCGAAUAUUUAAUUUGUUAACGUUAGGUCAGAGUACCAAUAUAUUGAUACAAUUGAAAACCCUCACGACAAUAGCGUUGUCCGAUAUUCGUUGUAUUUCAUAACGCUAAAUUAUUGAAUGGAAGAUUGUCACGAAUUGCAAGUACUGUUUUAAACACUUAGAACAAGAACGCAAUUGGAUAAAUAUAAUUUUGACGGGAAAUGCGACGAGCUACAACACGUUUUCUUGAUUAACAUUUAAUUAGAAGUAGGCCAAGUUGCUUGCUUCUGCUUACAGGCCGACCGAAUAGGAAAGAGAGGUAUAUCUAUUGUUUGUGUUUACUAAUCACAAGCUAUUUCCCACGAUGUAAAGGCCUUUUAUGACUGAAAAUAAACACUGAACAUAGAAACAUGAUCGUAAAAGAAAAUAGACGGUCACCGUAUGGCCUCUCAUACACAUACAUUACUUGUUAAUUAUAUUUUGGUGUUCAUAAUUUUGGACUUUUUUGCAAUUUAAAUCAUAAUAUACGUAUAAGACGUGACCAAAACCCGGUUACGAUUAAGAUUUCCACCAGUCACGGUAAUGUUUACAAUAAUUACUAACCUCCGAAUUUCCUUCCGAAAUUGAACACAUGCGAAUAAUUGAGAGGAAUAAUUUAAGCGCAAAAAAAGAGUCUACAUUAAAAUGAAACUGAUGUAACAUCCUCUAUUCAUUUCGAGUUUAGAAUUUAAUUUGUUUUGAAGCUCGGGCUGGAUAAUGCUAACAUCGUGUUGAAAAAUAAAGAAUAAGACAACAUACUAUGUAUCUAUGAUUGCUGUUUUCCACAACCAAUACACCUGGUGAAAGAAUUGUUUAGACGUUGAGUAGCUUUUUAUGUCCCUCAAUAUAUACUGGGGGACAUAUUGUUGUUGCCCUGUCUGUUGUUUUGUUUGUUGGUUUGCGUCAAACUUUAACAUUUGCCAUCACUUUUGCAAUAUUUAAGAUAGCAACUUCCAAUUUGGCAUGCAUGCGUAUCUCAUAAAGCUGCACAUUUUGAGUGGUGAAAGGCCAAAUACGUGGGUCAAAAUCGCUCAUUUAAUAUACACUAUAACUUCGUUUUGCAAUAUUGAAGAUAGCAACUUGAUAUUUGGCAUGCAUGUGUAUCUCGUGGAGCUACACAUUUUGAGUUGUGAAAGGUCAAGGUCAUCCUUCAAGGUCAAAGGUCAAAUAUAUGGGUCAAAAUCGAUCAUUUAAUAUACACUAUAACUUCUAACAACUUCUCAUAUGCAUGGAGCUGCACAUUUUAAGUGGUGAAAGGUCAAGGUCAUCCUUCAAGGUAAAAGUUCAAAUAUAAGGGGGGACAUAGUGUUUCACAAACACGUCUUGUUUGAUUGGUGUUUAUUGUGAACAAUAGCAAGCUAUGUUUACAUAUCACACAUUUAUUGGAUAUUCAUGUAUUUUGUUUUGUGUAAAUGGUAUAUACAUAAUUAAACUUAGUUAAUAAUGCACUUAAAUCGACGUUAAUGAUAGAAAUGAUCUUAUAUAGCUGAUUAAGAUUAUGAUGAUAAUGACAAUAAUGAUGUAAAUUAAGAUUCUUAUCAGUAUGAUUAUGCUGUUGAUUAAAAAAUAAUCAUUUA